AUGCAAACUAUCUCGAAAGCUCCGUCUGCUAUCUCCUUCUUUCGAUGUUCUUCGAAGCUAACAAGUCAGCCAUGUGUGAGACAGCUUCACCUCAGAAAGGGUCUUGUAUGCAGAGUCAUGAAGCUUGUUUCUUCACCUCUUAGGACUUUGCGCGGUGCUAGCAAAUCUAUCCGUGUGUCCAAUUUCUGCAGCGUCUCCAACAUCUCCUCAUUACAGAUUGAACUGGUGUCUACUUCUUGA